AUGUACACCCCAGCUGAGGCAGGACUAUACAGCAGCAACGGCGCUGUUAAAGUCUUAAAUGCUGCAGAAUUUAAAUCACAAGUUAUUAACUCUCAUGAUCUUCAUCUUGUUGAAUUCUAUGCAGACUGGUGCGGGCACUGUCAGAGAUUCGCUCCUGAGUACGAAAAAGUUGCCAAUGCAUUGAGGGGUUUAGCGACUGUUGUUGCUGUUAAUGAUGAGAGUAUAAUGAAGGACUUUGGGGUUACAGGGUUCCCUACAGUUAUGGUUGUUGUUGGUAGAGGAGGAAAUAAACCCAAGACAUUCAAGUACGAAGGCAGCAGAGACGCAAACGCUGUUCUUGAUUUUGUUGUUACGCAUAUUGGUAAACUAGCAAGAGCAAGAUUAGCAGGCAAGAUCGAAUCCGGCACCGGCAAGAGCAGCGGCAGCAAGACCAACGGCAGCAAGAGCAGCAGCAGCAGCAGCAGCAGCAGCAGCAAGCCAAAGAGCAGCGGCCCAUCGGAUGUGAUUGAGCUGAAGGACACCAACUUCGAGAAGUUGGUUAUGCAAGACGAGGAUAAUGUCUGGUUCGUAGAAUUCUAUGCCCCAUGGUGCGGGCACUGCAAGGCGCUCGCGCCAAUUUGGGAAGAAGUGGCGACACAAUUAAAAGGAAAAGUAAAAGUUGCAAAAGUUGACAGUACAACAGAGCAAAUGUUGGCGACGAAAUUUGAGAUUCAGGCUUUCCCUACAUUGAAACUCUUCCCUGUCGGACCCAAGUCAACUUCUGUCGUGAAGGAAUACGAAGGACCACGAACAGCUGAUGAAAUUGUUAAAUUCGCCAUGGAAUUCUACGGGGCGAAGGCUGAGGCCGAGCAGCUCUUAAGCGAGGAACAGUUUAGGAGUGAGUGCGGGGAGACGUUAUGCAUACUGGCAUUCCUUCCUGAUAUAUUGGAUAGCCAGGAAGAAGGAAGAAAGAAUUAUCUGCAAACCCUUAAUCAGGUCGUUAAGGCAUCUAUUACAGUACCUGUCAAGUUCUUAUGGCUACAAGGUGGAGAUAACUUCGACUUGGAGGAGCAACUGCAUUUGGCCUUCGGAUGGCCGGCGGUUGUUGCCGUACAUUUGGCGAGGGGAAAGUUCUCUGUCCACAGAGGAAACUUCACAAGGGAGAGCAUCAACUCCUUCUUGCACCAACUUCUUGCAGGUCGUGCCCCUGUGUCUGAUUUGCCAAAACUAAAAACCCUAAAAACAGCGAAGAAAUGGGUUGAUGCCGCUUACGGACCAGCUGCCAGGUAUACGGACCACCGGGAGUUCGGCUGCGCCGACUAG